AUGGAGACUCUCCGUCUUACGUCGAGAAUGGAAAAGUCAGAAGAGCCGAGGCGCAGAGCUUUGCUGCCGCGGCGCAUAAGCUCGGAGUCGGAAUCAUCACCUACUCUCCUCUCGGUCGAGGUGCGUCGCUCCCGGUCUAAAGUAUACAAGUUUCGCAACGACUUUGGCGUGAAGAGUGAGGACAUGCGUCAGUGGCUCCCACGGCUUUCCGACGAGGGCUUCCCCAAGAACCAAGACAAGUUCCAAGACAAGGUCCGUGCAGCGGCCAACAGGCAUGGAGCGACGCCCGGCCAGACGGCCCUCGUGUGGAUCCUCUUCGAGCACCCCACCCUUUUGCCCAUCCCGAGAUCAAGGACAGUCGCGCGAUUGGAGGAGAACGCGAAGGAGGCGGAGAUCCAGUGUUUGCCGAGGACAUGCAGGAGCUCCAUGCAGACGUCCGAGGCUCGCGCUGGCGACCCUGCGCAGCUCUGGGGCAGUCUCCAGAAGGACAGCGUGACCACGGACCAAUGGAAGGGCGAGCUAUGGAAUAUACGAAAGAACGCGCACAUCGAUGCGAAUGACCCAAUCGAUGACGCUCGGAAUCGCAAAGCUCGCGCGACGGACUGCAGACAGCAAUUGGAUUACGUCCUGCACUACCGGCUCCAGCGGGCUAUGUACGCUAUGGGCAGCGAACGUGGGCGGGAAGAUGACGAAUGUGAUGCGAUGCGAUGCGACGGGGAGAUAUGCACGUAUGAGGUAUACUCAUGUACCACCCACCUGCACUAAUCCCCGACUGCGAGUGGUGAUCGUCCGAUGAGCAUGUGAGAGCAGACCCGGCCUGGUGAGAUUGAGAAUGAGGAAGACGACGAAGAGAUCCUAUGCAGAGAGAAAGAGAUGUUGUACAUUAAACCAAGAGAACCCAUGCCAUACCAUGACUACCACCCCGCGUAGUGAUAGUCGUCCGCCCAGCUACGGUUGCGCGACAUCGCGCGCUGCUUGUGUUCGUCCUCGUUCCCGCUAUUCGUGCCCGAGUUCGACUGGUUCCCAUGCACGGUCGUCAGCGGCCGCAACGGGUUCCCAAGCAACCCACCACGCCGGCCACUCGUCAGAUUGUUCCGGCUGACCUGC